UUACACAAAUAUUCUAUAAGUAGACCAAACAAGAACUGAGCUUCACAUGAUCCUCCAAAAUGAACUCAAAAUCUAUGUUUAAGAUUUUUGUAGCUGCCCUUUUGGUUGUUUCACUCAUUGCACCUGCAAUUUCUGAGAUUAUAUUUGAAGAGCGUUUUGAAGAUGGGUGGCAUAAAAGAUGGGUAAAGUCUGAUUGGAAGAGAAGUGAAGGUAAAGCUGGUUCUUUUAAGCACACGGCUGGAAAAUGGUCUGGGGAUCCUGAUGAUAAAGGUAUUCAGACAGCUAGUGAUGCCAAGCAUUCCGCAAUAUCCGCCAAAAUACCAGAAUUUAACAACAAGGACAGGACACUGGUUUUGCAAUAUUCCAUCAAGUUAGAGCAGGACAUUGAAUGUGGUGGCGGCUACAUAAAGCUUCUGUCGGGAUUUGUUAAUCAAAAGAAAUUUGGCGGGGACACUCCUUACAGUUUGAUGUUUGGACCAGAUAUAUGUGGCACACAGAAGAAGAAGCUUCAUGUUAUACUAUCCUAUCAGGGACAGAAUUAUCCCAUCAAGAAGGAACUGGAGUGCGAGACAGACAAGCUAACCCAUUUUUACACAUUUAUUCUUAGGCCAGAUGCGUCAUAUAGUAUUCUCAUUGAUGGCAGAGAGAGAGAUUCUGGAAGCAUGUACACUGACUGGGAUAUCCUUCCUCCACGCAAAAUCAGAGCUGUUAAUGCCAAAAAGCCUGCGGAUUGGGAGGAUAGAGAGUACAUUGAUGAUCCAAAUCAUGUUAAGCCUGAGGGAUAUGACUCAAUACCACGAACAAUUCCUGACCCAAAAGCUACACAGCCUGAUACAUGGGACGAAGAUGAGGAUGGUGUAUGGAAACCUCCCAGAGUCCCUAAUCCCGCAUAUAAAGGACCAUGGAAGGCCAAGAAAAUAAAGAACCCUAACUACAAAGGGAAGUGGAAAAUUCCUUACAUUGACAAUCCAGAAUUUGAAGACGAUCCUGACCUUUAUGUUAUGAAGCCAAUUAAAUAUGUGGGCAUAGAAGUAUGGCAGGUGAAAGCUGGUGCAGUCUUCGACAAUGUUCUAAUUUGUGAUGAGCCAGAAUAUGCAAAGCAAGUUGUGCAAGAAGUUUUUGCUAACAGAGAGAUUGAGAAAGAGGCCUUUGAGGAAGCAGAGAAAGUGAGAAAAGCAAGAGAAGAAGAGGAAGCUCAAAGAGCAAGAGAGGAAGGUGAAAGGAGGAAGAGGGAUAGGGGCUAUGACCGGCGAAAUCACAGAGAUAGACAUAGAGAUAGAUAUAGAAGGCGUGAUCGUCAUGACUACAUGGAUGAUUAUCAUGAUGAACUUUGAUAGCUUACAACUCUAUGCAAGAAUCAGUCGAAUGAACAUCAUCUGUCCAUGGUUAAGUGUUGUUGUACUAGUUAUUGUCAGCCUUCAUUUGUAUCCAUACUGGCAUAAAAUAUAUGUCCAUCGAUAAAAAACUUGUAAUUUGAGAAUGUCUCUUGUGAUAUCGUAAUUUUAUUUUUUAGUC